AUGAUUUGUCAGGACUUUGAGCGUCAGAUGGGUGGAGGAGGAAUUCGAGGAAUUUUGAGUAAAUUUGGGAAAAGUGGAAAUAUAAUUAUAGAUGAUUUUAUUCUUGAAAAAGAAUUAAGAUGGAUUCCUUAUAACAAAUUCAAAAAUGUUGAAUAUCUUAAUGAAGGAGGAUUUGGUACUAUAUACAAAGCUAUUUGGUUAAAGAAUAUUGGAGAUGAAGAAUGGGAAUAUCAUAUAAGUGUUUUACGUUCAAGUGAUAUUAUAAAUAUUUAUGGAUUUACAGAAGAUCCAAAUACAUUAAAAUAUAUGGUAGUAAUGGAAUAUGCAAAUAAAGGUAAUUUAAGAGAAAAUUUAAAGAGAAUAGUUGAAAAUAAUUGGAAUCAAAAAUUAUAUAUGUUGUGCGAAAUUAUUUCUGGACUUAGUAAAAUACAUGGAAAAAAUCUUAUUCAUUGUGAUUUUCAUGAUGGUAAUAUUUUAAAUCAUAAUUAUAAAAACAAAGAUAAAAUUUAUAUUAGUGAUUUAGGAUUAUGUCAACCUGUGAAAUCGUUUUUGAAAAAGCAUGAUAUUUAUGGUGUUAUACCAUUUAUGGCACCCGAAGUUUUAAGAGGAAAAUCUUACACUCCAGCUAGUGAUAUAUAUAGUUUUUCUAUGAUUAUGUGGGAACUUACAUCUGGGGUACCACCAUUUAAUGAUAGAGCACAUGAUAUUCAACUUAGUUUAAGUAUUUGUAAAGGUGAACGACCUGAAAUUAUUGAAAAUACUCCACAAUGCUAUGUAGAUUUAAUGAAAAAAUGUUGGAAUGAAGAUCCAUUGAAAAGACCAUCUACAUCAGAAGUGAAUGGUAUUAUUAAUAAUUGGAUUUUCUGUCCUUAUAAUAAUGAAGUCAGUAAAGAAAUAGUAAGCAACAUUAUGGAAUUUAUAAAUGCACCAAUUGGGCAUAACAAUCUUGCUACUAAAUCUCAUCCUAAUGCAUGUUAUACAAGUCGCUUACUUGAUUUUACUAGUAAAAAAUUAAAUGAAAUUCUUGAAAGUGAAGAUUCACAAGCAGAUUUGAAUGAUUGUGUAAUUAGAGUUUCAAGGUCAUUAGAUGAAAAUACUUGUGAAAAAUUGAAUGAAAUUCUUGGAAGUGAAUCUAGUAGAAAAAUGAAUGAAAUACUAAUAGUAAAUGAAGAUUUGAAUGAUUGUAUAAUUAAAGAUUGA